UUUCGUACACUUAUCGGACAAAUAUACACUGUUGAUUGACUGUCGAUUGCCCGCAAUCCAUCACUGAGGGACUACACGCACGAUCCGUCGCUGUCUUUCGCCCCACAAAAGCCAGAGGCACAACUUGAAGUUCAUCUUGGCCUGUCGCGCAUCCAGCGAGAUUGGCAGGACACUUGUGGUGUAUAUCGUUAUUAGUACAAUGGUAUAACGGGAGCAGGUAAGUACUCUGAUUGCAUGGUAUUUGAUUGGCAUUGCCAUGGCCAGUGGAUGCCGCUAGCUCUUGCGUUCACGCUGAGAACGAUGCUCGCUUCAUCAGAAAAAACGCGAAGUCGUAUGACGGCGGCAUUCCAUGGGUUUCAGUGCCCAGUACUUCGUAAGCCAUGCAUAGCAUUGGAUAUGCUGCAUCGGAGGCACUGUUCGAAGAGACGGCGACCGCCUUACACCAUCCUACAUUUCCCUGGGCUAUGGUCCCACAUUUGCGUCCGUCCCCAAGUGGUUCCUUUCUAUGCCGGGCUCCCGGCUUAAGUUCCGGCCUGGCAUGUCGGUUCAUGCCGAGCUCGCACCACAACCUUACAUAACGGCCAGGUAGUCCUUGUCAUCCCCGAGCUGUGGUGUAGCGUUUGCUAUUAAGGUAAUCAUAAAGCGACGCAAAGCCUCCGGUUCGCACGAUGGCCGACUCGAGCUUCAAGAGCGCUCCUUCGAUUGCCUGCCGCUUCCCUGCGGAGUCGUAUUCACAGAAGCUUUUCACAUCAGCACCCUCGGGCAUCCCGAAGGAUCGGUAUGGAGGAUCUUACACUCAGCGUUCGCGCGAGGUUCGCAGGCAUGUCUUUCGCGGAGACGGACAUGCUGUGCUUGGAUUGUUCACGGAGUCGGUGCGUGAAAUCCACUCUAUCCUCCUUUACGCUUGGUCAUCCCAUGUUUUUCUACACCAGUCUAGAAAUCUUCCGGGUUGUCGCGGUCUUGGUCCCGCCAGUGUAUAUAACCCACCGACGGGCGUAUUUUUCUUCGCCGUCUCUCCAGCUGCUACUCGCAGGUCCUCCUAAAACCAUGCGAUACAGCUCCAUCUCUGACCGUGGCCAUGCCAUGUCCCAGAAAGCCUUCUACUCUCCCCGUGGAGGACGAAACCACUCUUCGUCGUCGUCGUCAUCCAUCUCUCCGACGCCACUAGAACAUGACCCUACCAAUCUCACCACCUCUGGUCAGGCUCCAGUGCAGUCUGGUUCCAAGCCACCACGCCUUCAAUGGCCGGAGCAACGGCAGCUCUCGGUCAUUGAUCCCAGUCCUCAGCACAUUUCGUCUUCGGACUCCGUUUGGGACCAGCGAUAUCUAUCCCCCAAUAACGGUGGUGUCGGGUCCAGGGCGCCACUGUCUCCCAAUACUUCGUACUCGCCCUCGCCUUUGUGCCAGCCUCACUCUCCUUCACCCCUCACCUUCGUCUCCGCCUAUCCUUCACCUCUACUACAGGGGCAAGUGCAGGUCCCGAGUCAUAUCCAGUCGCCUCAGCCAGACGAGCCGCCACCCCUCAAGAAACGUCGCGUUGCGUCUGAGCCCUUUUCAGGCACUAGGACAGCACCAGGCUCAAACCGCCGUUUCUACAACUUUAACGAUCGAACACGCUCGACUGCUGUAGGAUCGUCGGGCAGCAUGCUCAUCACUUUCCCGCUUGAGAAUGGCUCGAAAAUGCCCAACGACUCCUCUGCUUCUGCUCCGAUGUCCCCGUCUACUGGAGGAUCCUCUCUGCCUCCGUCUACCUCGCAACAAUCGCCUCCGGCGAGUCUCCUCCCAGACGACUUCGACCAUGGGCCUACCGAACUUCCUCCACGACCAUAUUCACGUACUACCGAGAUGACUUCGCCCUCAGAUGGGGGCGGCGCAAAUCAGGCGUCCUCGAGAGACGGCGCUGGUGAGACGAACAAACCGAGGAGGCGCAAACCUAAUCUUCCGGAUGACGUGAUGGACUAUUUACCGACUCUCGAGGGUCGCUUAUGCAAGAUAGAGUUGGGUGUCAGAGACUACAUCAAUUAUCGCCAGCAGCGGGCAAUCGAGAACUCUAUCCUUCCUCCGCCGCGGCGUGCGCAUGGCGAUCCCUGUGUUGACUCUCGUCCCUUCCCGCACCUUCCUACCGCUUCGCGUAGUACUUUGCCUUCGCAGGCACAGGCAUUGUCGCAUGCGCAAUAUUUCACUCAACAAGGCUGGUAUUGAGGCUUCAACUUUGUCGUGCGCUCUUCUCUUUAGCCCACAUCAUGUGCAUGACACGGUAUUGCAUUCCGUUCCACUGUGCCUAGUUUCUCAUGAUGUCCUCGGUUUGUUCUGCAUUCGCUGAAUCCGUCAAACAUGUUCCUUAUUUACUUUUGGUUUUCCUAUGAA